AAUAAAGCUGCGUUGGUACCUCAGUCGCGUUCACGGUCGGGCUUGUUUUUUGUGGUAUGCACGUUGGUUUCCAGUCUCAUCACAUACAUCUCUUCCUAGCCUCUUUCUAGACGUAUUAUUGCCUACCCUUGUCCCAAAACACAACCAGCCAACCAAUCAACCAACCAACAACAUGCGCAUUCUCAUUACUGGAGCUGCUGGAUUCAUCGGCCAGCUCCUGGCCAAGACCCUCCUUGAUGAUGAAGAGGGCCGGUAUCACGUUGUCUUGACCGACAUCGUCGAGCCCCCUAUUCCGCAGGGGGCAAGGUGGCCGCAACUUGCCAAGUCGAUCAAGGCAGACCUCCUCGUCAGUUCCCACAGUGUUGUCGAUAAGGGCCUGGAUGCGGUAUUUGUCUUCCAUGGCAUCAUGUCGUCCGGCUCAGAAGCCGACUUCGACUUAGGCAUGAAGGUGAACUUUGACGCAACCAGGGCCCUUCUUGAGGUCCUUCGCAAGUCUUGCCCUGGCGUUAAGGUCAUCUACACGUCAAGCCAGGCUGUCUACGGCGGUGACAUCGUCGAACCGGUGGAUGAGGCGGCGCGCCCGACACCAGAGAGUUCCUAUGGCUGCGAAAAGAUGAUGUGCGAGUAUCUCAUUACCGAGUUCAGCCGCCGCAGCUUCAUCAACGGCUUCAUCUUCAGGCUCCCGACGGUAUCUGUGCGACCCGGCAAGCCCACCGCAGCAGCGUCGUCUUUCCUGUCGGGGAUGAUCCGCGAGCCCAUGCAAGGUCUGCCCUGCGUGAUUCCCCUCAAAGACCGAGGCUUCCGCCACUGGCUAUGCUCUCCGCGCAUCCUCGUUUCCAACCUGGUCUACUCGCUGAGCAUCCCGCGGGAUUCAUUGCCAAGCUGGGACCGUGUCGUCAAUCUGCCUGGCAUUGGCGUUACCGUGCAGGACAUGAUGGACUCUCUUGCCAGGGUGGGAGGACAGGAUAAGCUCCGGCAUCUCUCGGAGGAGGAGGACCCCAAACUGAAGCCUAUCUUGUACUCAUGGCCGACAAUGUUCGACAACACAAGAGCCAUGGAUCUUGGGUUUGUGCGAGACACGUCGUUUGAUGACAUUGUACGGGAUUUCAAGGAUAGCCUAGAGUCUGUGUAGAUAAG